AUGGUCUCUUCCAAAUUCAUCGAAAUCCUCGACGACAACAGCGCCGACACCACCGCGCAACAACACCAAAUGUCCGACAGCGACGUCAAACUCGAAGACGUCCUAGCCGACCAAGAGCAGCAACACUCUCGCUCGCGCUCAUCUACACAAUCCUUCUCGUCGCGCAAGAGCCAUGAAGAAUGCGACCCGCGAACAUCCACUAGUUGUGACGGCGUGGAUUCCUCUUCGUCGUCGCCGUCGUCGCCGUCAACGUCAUCAUCGACCACGCCGUCGCCGAAGAUCAAGCGGUUGAGGAAGUUUACGUUGACGGGUGGAUUUUCUCGCUAG